CUCCACCACGCCCGUGAGUGUAAUCACACAACAACAUGGACUACCAAAACCGAGCGGGCUCCAAGUUCGGCGGCGGCGGUGUCGCCUCGCAGUCCGCCACCAACUCUGAUCGUCGCGAGCGUCUACGCAAGCUCGCCCUCGAAACCAUCGAUCUCGACAAAGACCCGUACUUCUUCAAGAACCACGUCGGCAGCUUCGAGUGCCGCCUGUGCCUGACCGUGCACCAGAAUGACGGCUCCUACCUCGCCCACACGCAAGGGCGCAAGCACCAGACGAAUCUCGCCCGUCGUGCUGCCCGCGAUGCGCAACUCGGUCGGAAGAAGGAGGAGGAGGCGUAUACCGGGGCCAACGCGGUGCAGGUGAAGCGUAAUGUAGUCAAGAUUGGUCGCCCGGGGUACAAAAUCACAAAGACACUCGAUCCAGUUACGCGACAGCAAGGCUUACUCUUUCAACUUCAAUACCCGGAAAUCACCCAGAACGUCAUCCCGCGUGUACGAUUCAUGAGCGCAUACGAGCAGAAGGUGGAGGAUCCGCCCGACAAAUCAUUCCAGUAUCUUCUCGUUGCCGCCGAGCCAUACGAGACUUGUGGGUUCAAGCUGCAGGCGAGGGAGGUAGAUCGCAGAGAGGACAAGUUCUGGACGUGGUUUGAUCAGGACAGCAAGGAGUUUUGGAUUCAGGUCACUUUCAAGACGGAGAGGGAGGAGAGGUAUAGUGGUGUGCCGGGUCUGGCGCCGAGUGGGCCAAGGGGUGGUUGAACAAAGAGAAGUGAAGCUGGACCAAUUUGAGCUGGACGACCGCGCUGCCCUUCCACGAACAAUAUUGCGGUUGGGGGGCGAUAGAGCUCGACGACGACGACUACAAUGUUUAGUUCUGAGAGCAAUGCGCCAAAGUAUCAUCAGAGGCAUGGAAAGCGCGCACAACAUGCAAUGGAGGCGUCAGAAAGUCGUAGACAUAUGGCUACAGGAUGUCAAUUGCCAGGAAUGCCAUACGAUCAACUCCGCGGGAUACUCCUAUGUGCACCUUAUCGACUAGAACUAGUCCAGGAGGUAUUCGCGCUGCAGGAGCUGCGAGAGAACACCGAAUACAGAUGGUGUCUCUUAUGCUACAUUCCAUAGCUUGCUGCAGACAAUCGUUGGAAACUGAGCACGUGAUGAACAUUACUCCUUCCUCCUCCUCGAAACAGAUCGUUUAGAACUCGUAUAAUCGGAAU